AUCUCCCUUUCACUAUAUAUCCUCAUUUUCUAUGAUCUCAAAAGUCUGUUAGUUGUGUGCUAGCUCUGGUAGACAGUAUUGCAACUUUAAAGCGCGCAUGCACUUUGAUGCUUCUCUCCAGAAAUCGUCUUGAUUGCGCUGAAGCCUCUGCAAUUCUUCUUCUUCUUCUUCUUCUUCUUCUUUACAAUGAUUUUUGCUGCUUGACGAGGCUGGUAAUAUUUGCCAUGCUUGAUGAAGAGUCUCUUUGUUUUUGACUUCCCCUGUGCUGCUGCUUAAUUUGUGUCUAAAUAUGAUGGGGAUUAAGAGCACGGGGAUUUCAUUGAAAAGCUAGCGUUUGGGCUUCGAGAUCUUCCGAGGGGAACGAAGUGAGAUGGAAAGCUAAAAAGAUAGUCUUUUGGCAUUAAGGGUGCAGCGUCCAAACUCUAUGGAGGCUGAAAGCAGCGCUAAUUCCGUGUCUUCCCACUCCCCCGCGUCCUCCUCUUCCUCCCCGCGCGGUGGCGAAGCUGCCGGCGCCUCCGCGAAGCGGCGGCGCCACCAGAGCGACCACCCUGUGUACCGCGGCGUCCGGAUGCGGAACUGGGGGAAGUGGGUGUCAGAGAUCCGGGAGCCGCGCAAGAAGUCGCGCAUCUGGCUGGGUACGUUCCCGACGCCGGAGAUGGCGGCUCGGGCGCACGACGCGGCCGCCCUUAGCCUUAAGGGCGCCGCCGCGGUGCUCAACUUCCCGGAGCUCGCCGGCUCGCUCCCGCGCCCGGCGACGCUGUCCCCUCGCGACGUGCAGACCGCGGCUGCCAAGGCCGCGGCGAUGGACCCCGGUGCCGGCGCAGCGGCCUUGGAAUCGUCGCCGGAGGAUUGCGACGACCUAGGCCAGAUCAUCGAACUGCCGCAGCUGGGCGAAGGGUGCAGGAUGCUCGACUCGGCCUAUUCCGGCGGCGAGUUCCUGUUCGACUCGUGGGCGUGGUGGCUGCCAUGGUCUGAGACAGAGGAUCCGACGGAUACUUUUCCUCCGACCACCGUCGAAACCCUUCUACAUGAAUAGAUGCUUCAAACGCCCAUUAUUAUUAUUAUAAAGAAAAAAUCGGCCUCUUCCUCUUAGGCUAUAACUUUAUCUGGCUUUCUUAAUUAUAUGUAUAUAAAUCUCCAUUUCUUGUCCCAAUUAGCUUUAAGCAAGUGACAACAUAAUAGUUUGGGAAGGUUUUGGAGAAGAAACUACUCUUGUCUUGAAUGAGUAUUUUUAGC